AUGGUGCUCAGCGUGACGUCUGGAACCGACCGUGCACCUGACGCUGAGCAUGGUGACGGCAGCGGUCCGUCCGAGGUGACAAAGGAUCCAAACAAAACAUUACAAAAGAGAAGAAUAAAUAAUAGCAGUCCAGAGCAUACGGAAUACGAAUCAAAAAGACAAAAAUGCGACGAAAGUCGAUCGGUAUAUAAAAGGAAUGUGCAAGAACGUGAUGCUAUCAAACAAUAUAAUAUCAUAAGUAAAACACUUGAACAACUGCACAAACAAAUAGAAAAAUAUGAAAUAAUUACAGAUGCACAAUACAACGAUAAUAAUUUGCUUAAAUUUAAAGAAACAGAAAAAGGUUAUGAAACUGAAUUCAACAAAAUUGAACAAAGACGAGCGCAGGAGGAGAUGAAGAGGAAACGUGAAAGCGAAAAAUUUGAAAUUGAUAAAGAUAAAAUUGAAGAAGAAAUACAGCAGCAAAAAGAAAUGUAUGACAAGAAGAAAAAAAUGAUGGAUGAAUGUCUCGAGAAAUUGAAACACGAACUAACUCAAGUCCAAAGCGAUGUGGAGAAAUUGGACAGCGAAUUUGAAACCGAGAAAAUUGAAAUCGAAAAUGUAAUAAAGGAGCUAAAAAACAAGUAUGAUGUGGAGAGAAGACUAAAAGAUGAGUGUCUCACAAAACUGAAAAAUGAAUUAACUCAAGCAAAACGAGAUAACGAUAUACAGAAAUUAUUGAAUGGAUUUCAAGCAGAAAAACUGAAAAUAGAAGAAGAAAAACAAAACCUAAAGGAAAGCCAUGAUAAAGUAAAACGGCACAUGGAUGAAUCUUUCAAGAAAUUGAGAAACGAAUCAGCUUCACUGAAAUGCGAUAUAGAAAAAUUAGAGAUACAAUUUGAAACGAAAAAAUUAGAAGUCGAAAAGUUAACUCAAGUACAAAGCGAUAUGAAAAACAAAAUCCAAAAAUUAUAUAACGAUCUGUCUGCAGCUGAAAACCAAGCAAAACAAAAUAUUGAAGAAAUGAAACGAGAGGCAGGUGAGAACGAGAAGGAAUUGAUUAUGAAAAUACAGGAACUGAACGAUGCUGUGACCAACAGGAGAGAAGAACACAAUAAAAUUGUCGAUGAUUUGAAGUUUAAGUUGCGUGAAAAGAAAUCUCAAGUAGAGUCUGAAAUUCAAAGUUUACUUGAAAUCGAAGCUAAAACAAAAGAACAGAUAGAGCGGCGCGUACAAGGUCUGGAAAAAGAAUUAGCUAGAAUUCAAGAACAGUUUGUGUCGUUGGGAGAUAUAUAG